AUGGAUUCAUCUAGUUAUACUGGUUUACCAAAUAAACUCGUGCAAGGUAUCACAUCAGUUAAAUCAUCAUUAACAACUGGUCAUAUUCUUGAAAAAACUGAAACAACUUAUGUUGAGAAAACUGAUACAUUUCAUCAUCAUAUGGCACGUAGUGUUUUAGGUAUUCAAGCACCAUUGAAAUUAAAAACUGAAUUACAAAUAGCCAGUAAAAUGGGUCGUUUACCAUGUUUACCAAGUUCACGUUUAAUGGCUGAUGUUUUACGUGGUACCAAUGAAGAUAUAUCAUUUGAUGAUAUUUUAAAUAAUCCACGUGAAUUUGGUGAACUUCAAAUUGAUCCACAUUUAGCUAUGGAUAAAAGUGAUCGAUUAUUUUAA